AAAAUAUCUUACGUAUUGCUUUUUUUUUUUUUUUUCAUCUUGUACCUAGGUAGGUACUUAUCAUGUGGCGCGAGGGGUUUUUAUCCCAUAAUAGCGUAGUAAUCAUAUAUAUUGGGGUGAGUGGCCACAUACCUACUCCUAGCAAGUAAUACGUAUGUCAUCUUCACAUACCUCCUACAUACGAACAUUCGUCUUCAAACAGCGUCAAUCUUCCAGCAUCCAUAUUAACUAUGGCUCACGACGGGCAUAAAAAUGAUAAUUUUAUCGUCUCUAAUGACGAGGACCGACCUUACAUUGCACAUUCAGAGAGUUCAGCUUUUCGUGUCGGACAAAAGGUGCAUAUACUAGGCUCUGACGGAUCCCUUGAAGGCCCGUACAUUGUUUCGUUGGUAAAAUCUUCAGAGAAGAAAUGUCAGCUUUCGCUCGAGAAUGGUCAGGUUAUCAAGAACGGAGAAGAGAUAGAGAUGGCGAAGCUCGAUGCUGCAUGAAGAAAUAUGGGGCAUUUGAUCCGAUACUUCUCAAAAUCUCCUUCCACGUCAGCAGCAGAGGCCGUAUGAGGAUUUUUGAUUUAUAAAUUCGCCUCACAAUUUAGACACCUUUGAGACAGUUGAGUAAUUUAUUUGUUGCCUCGUUUUCGUUGCAUGUUACAUCUUUCUGCCUAACGUGGUGCAUGUGUGCCUUCCCAAAGUACCUGAG